AUGAAAGUCUUAUUGGAUUCAAUAGAUUCGCCAGUGUUCUCCCAAGAAAUACGCGAUUUGAUAAGACCUAGUGGCAAAAUCAAGGGCAAAAAUCCUUCUAAAGACAAAGCAACAGGAAGAAUGACUGACAGUUGUGUCGAAGGCAGUUCUAACAGCUGCGAGAAAGAAGCCGAUGGCCUAUCAGAAUAUGACAAGAAGUUCCACUCAGAUGAUCUGAAAAUUGUCGCGCUGUCAACAGGGUGGUUCAACAAAAACAAGAGGUGCUUCCACAACAUCACUACAAGGGGUAAUGAGCGCAGCGUGGUGUCCAUGGUGGUGGAUGAGUGUGAAUCCACGAUGGGAUGUGACGACGAACAUGAUUAUCAACCUCCUUGUGCUAACAACAUUGUUGAUGCCUCAAAGGCUGUCUGGAAAGCCUGCCUAAGACUUAUGAUAGAGUUAAUAAAAUGUGCAAGGUCAUAUAACGAUGUGGUUGGUUUGGAGACAGGGAAAUUUAAAUUAUGAUUGUGCUUGUUCCUAGACGAAGUAAGAACCGUGUAAGAGUA